UUUUCAAAUGGGAGACUGCAGAAUUCUGAAGACAUGAAUUUCACAUUGUACAAAAGCAAAGAUACUACUAAUCCCAGAAAGAAGCACAGGAGAAUCCUGACUUCAGAGACCGAAAGGCUUUCUUACGUGGGAAACAACUUUGGCACGAGCGCCUUGAAAUGUAACUCCCUGUGCAGGUACUUUGUUGGUGUGCUAGACAAGGACUCUGGACAGAUGGAAGUUUAUAAUGCAGAAUUGUUCAAUAUGCAGCCACUGUUGUCAGAUGAUGUAAUAGAAGAUGACCUAUCAGAUUAUCAAAGUAAAUCCUACAGAGAGAAGGUGGAUUCAUGCAUUGAAGCUUUUGGUUCCAACAAGCAAAAACGAGCCCUGAACUCUCGAAGAAUGAACCAAGUUGGCAAUGAGACUUUAAAUAUGGCUGUAACUAGAGCAGCAGAAAACAUCAUUGGUGCAAAGGGUGUAGCUACUUUGGUCAGUGAUGCAGCUCAGGACGAUGUGGAGGAGGUCUCUCUCUUCCUGCCUCCAUGUCAUGAAGAGGCUGACAAACCAGAGAACGUCUACAGAUUUGAGGACCUCAUCUCCUCUGCUGAAUAUGAAGCCCUGCAGGCUCCAGCUGCAGCUCUUACUAAUCUUACUUCUGAAGAGAUCCUUAAGAAGCCAGAAGAAGAGAGCCUCUGUUCCUUUGUUCUAGAAGAUCUGAAGUCUAUGCCUGUAGAUGAGAGCAGCCGAGACCAUAAGGCACGGUGCCUGUGGUUCCUGGAUACCCUUAUCAAGUUCAGUUACAAGAAGGUGAUUAAGAAGAAAUGUCCGAUGGGGCCUGACUGUCCACGCAUCAUUAACAAAAAACUCAUGAAAAAUUUCACUGCACUAACGUACAACAGUGGCAGGAUCCAGAAUUUAAUCUCUGCUUCGAUGAAGGCUAAAAUCACAGCAUAUGUCGUAGCUCUGGCCUUGCACAUUAACAAGUUCCAGAUAGACCUGACACUCUUACAGAGGGACAUGAAACUCCAUGAGACCAGAAUGCUCGACAUCGCUAAAGCCAUGAGGCUGAAGAUCUCCAAAAAAAAGGGACUUCCUGGACUUGGAGCUGAUGAGGAUCACAAAUUUGGCACCCUCUCUCUGCCCUUACCCUCCUACAAACCAUCUGGGGGCCAGAGGAAACGCAAGAAGAUGGACUAAAGAAUGUGGGGUGCAACUGAAAGGACACAGCAAGAGAGAGACUCGUUCUACUGGCCUGUUACUGCUCUGAGAUUAGGACGUCUGUUCACUGGCUCUUACUCCAUUUGAACUACACAAGGCAAUUUCUAAUAAUGGGUCUGGACUGACAUUCUCAUUAAACAGUCUUUUUAAAAAGCAAAA